AUGGGCGUCGGCCAGGAGGAGGCCUGUUCUCCCUCGCGCGAGCACUGGACAAUUUCGACAACUCUCUCUCCAGCCCUCUCCAGCCAACUCACGGCCUUCUCGCCCCGGUUCGACUUCCGCGAAACAAAGGACGGAUACCAGCUCAACGGUGACCUCCCCGGCGUUGAGAAAAAGGACAUUGAGAUCGAGUCCUCCGACCAAAACACGCUGAACGUCAAAGGCCACACCGAGCAGUCUACCUCGUCGGAGGGCGACGAGGGCACCGAGGGGUCUUGGUGGUGCGCGGAGCGGUCGACCGGAGACUUUAGACGCUCGUUCUCUUUCCCCGGGCCUGUUGAUCGCGACCACGUGGAUGCGACACUGAAGAACGGGGUUCUUUCUAUCAACAUUCCAAAGGCGGAAAAGGCUUCCACUGGAAAGCGCACUGAUGUCAAGUAG